GGACACCUCGCUUUGCUCUAGCUUUUCCUGAGGGCUCUUCAGAAGGUUCGUGGGAAGACGCAAUCAAAGGAGGUGCUGCCCCCUUCUCCCUCUCCCCUGCAGAGCCUUGGUACCCUAAGGAGCUGCUUCCUUGCCUCCCCUGGGAAUGCCAGAAGAUUCCUCUGAGCAGACCCAGCCUGCUCCAGGAACGCGAGAUGCCUACAUGCCACAUGUCACGACAUCCAUGCCGAUGCGGACCUUGUGUCCUUACUGCGGAAACUACGUCAUGACCAGGACCACCCCCGUGCCCGGCAUCCUCUCCUGGGUGCUGUGCAUAGGCCUCUGCGUGUUUGGGUGCUUCCUCGGCUGCUGCCUGAUCCCUUUCUGUGUGAGAAGCCUCAUGGACGUGAAGCACACGUGUCCCGUGUGCAGACAGACGCUCUUCCACCACCGCCGCCUGUGACCGCCAGAAUAAAUGUGUGCUUCAUCCCA